GUGACCUUCCAUAUCUUUCUGACAAGCAUGGACACAGACCAGGUGGAGCUAAAUUCCUGGAGUAUUCAGACGUGAAAUACGGGUCAGCUUUAACUUGUAACUAUUUUAUAAAAUGUCACAGAAACGGGUCUUCCUCCGUAGCUUCCUGUGUUCCGUUUAAACCAUUCGACUCGUAGCGGAAGUGUUUAUUUCCUAGCCUGAGCUCUCAGUUGCAGCUUCUUCCUCGCGAUGUUGCGGCUCUUCAACAUCCAGGGGUUUCAUGAAGUCUACAGGUGCAGUCGGUUUGUGGCAUCUUGUGUCACCAGGCGACAGAAGCUCCCAGGCUUUCUCCCAGUCUGUCACCACAGAGCCUCCAUGUCGGUCCGCCUCCUCAGCACCGGCAGCCCGGUGUGGAAAGAUGCUCUGCAGCCUGAAGGAGACAAGUCAGACUGUUUGUCCAGAGUCGAUCUGGACAAAUGGAAAUCUGUGAUGAGAUCGAAAGCUGCAUCAGAAGAGAGACAACAGGUCGACGAUGACGAGGAUGGAAGCGACCAGGAUGAGAAAGGUGGCGUUUCUUCCCUGGAGGCCACCAGGGAUCUGGUCGUGAUGUGGCGGCAGGCUGGGAAGCUGGUACCCGUAGAGAUGACGGACGAGGAGGUGGAUGAGCUGUCGAAGCUCACCACCAAGUCCGCCAGGAAGAAGUACCUGAAGUACCUGGCCAUCAAGGAGGGCUACAAGCGGAGCCACAAGGAGAAGCAGCAGCAGAGGAAGGUGGAGAGGGAAGCCAUGCUGGAGCGAAGGAGGGAGGAGGGCGGUGAUACAGAGGAGAUGAGAAACACCUUCCUCCUCAAGUUCUGGAGCCGCUCCCUGGACAAAGUGCUGGCCUGGAAGAGCGCCCAGGCCAUGCUGUUCAACCAGCCGCUGGUGUUUGACCUGAGCUACUCCUCCAACAUGUCCAGGCGGGAGCUGGAGAACACAGUGUCCCAGCUGAUGGAGGUGGACGGGUGGAACCGGCGUGCCAGCGAGCCCUACCACCUCCACUUCUGUAACCUGCAGCCGGGUGGUGCCUACGAGACGGAGCUGCUCAAACGCUAUGGUGAGGAGACCUGGGACCGCCUGCUCAUCACCAGCACGGAGCGCCAGCACGUCGAUGUGUUCCCCCGGGACCGGCUCGUGUACCUCACCGCCGACUCCCCCAACGUCCUCCGCACCUUCGACCACUCCAAGGUCUACAUCAUCGGAGCUCUGGUAGACAAGUCCAUCCAGUCGGGCUUGUCCCUCGCCAACGCCAAGCGUCUGAAGCUGGCCACGGCCCGUUUACCGCUGGACGAGUUCCUGCACUGGGAGAUAGGGGCCAAAAAUCUGACUCUGGACCAGAUGAUCCGCAUCAUGCUCGCUCUCAAGGAUACGGGGAAAUGGGAGGAGGCGUUGACAUUCGUGCCCAAGAGGAAGCACGAUGGAUUCCUCCAGCCGCAGCAGCAGCAGCAUCAGCAGCAUAAAGGGAUUAUCCACAACAAGGGCCGGGGAGUCACAAAUCAUGGGCCAAGAGAGGAUGGAGACAGGCUGUUCAGAUCUGGAGAAAGGACAUUUAAAACUGGGGACCAGGGUCUUUACAGGUCACAUACUGAGCCCAGGUUCACCGGCAGAGACAGAAUGGCUGGAGUGUCCAGUGACAGAGAAAACAAAGCAGCUGUGACCAAAGUACGGACUUCUUUUAAGAACAACGUGGAACAAAGAAAUAAGGCCAGCAAAGUGUGGUGGAAUGAUGAGUGAAGCCUUCAAAA